CGGUAUGCAUUAGCAGCAGAAAUGCAUGAUGCUCUUAACUUAAGGUAGUUCGUUGCUCACUCACGCCGGAGAAGACACAUCGGAGAUCGACGAAUCGAUUCUCAGAGAAAGACAUAGAAAUCAUCUUCUGUAGUGUUAUUCUGUGAGAGAUUCUGGAGAGAUCGGUGUUGAGAUUUGGGUAAAUGGAAACGAGGGAGAGAGAUCUAGAACGAUUGAUCCCGAUGCAUAAAUCCGGAGCUUCUCCUCGCGACGUCGUUUUGUCUGUUCCGCCGUCUCCUCUCGCUUCUCCGAUUCACGUCGCCGGAAAAGAGGCGAUUUACAAAGUCAUUAGAAGCUGGGCCUCCAAAAAGUUCAUGACGGGAUGUGUCAUUCUGCUUCCAAUCGCCGUCACAUUCUACUUUACAUGGUGGUUUAUACAUUUCGUUGACGGAUUCUUCUCCCCGAUCUAUACUCAUCUCGGAAUCAAUAUGUUCGGUCUUGGAUUUGUGACAUCCAUCACAUUCAUAUUUAUGGUUGGUGUAUUCAUGUCUUCAUGGCUUGGAGCUUCAGUUCUCAGUAUUGGAGAAUGGUUUAUCAAGAAGAUGCCUCUCGUAAGCUACAUCUACUCAGCUUCUAAACAAAUUAGUGGAGCAAUCUCACCAGAUCAAAGCUCAGGAGCAUUCAAGGAGGUAGCGAUUAUCAGACAUCCUCAUAUGGGAGAAUACGCUUUUGGUUUCAUUACAUCGACUGUGAUUCUUCGAGGCCGUGCUGGUGGAGAAGAACUCUGUUGUGUCUAUGUUCCCACUAACCAUCUUUAUCUUGGAGACAUUUUCCUCAUUAGCUCAAAGGAUAUCAUAAGACCUAAUCUCUCAGUCCGGGAAGGCAUAGAAAUCGUCAUCUCGGGUGGUAUGUCGAUUCCACAGAUACUAACAACGCUGGACUCAGAGACUAUUCACAGGUCGGUAGUUGGAACCUUUGCAAUUCCACCUGUGUGAAGUCGAUGAAAUUUGAAAUGGAGCUCUCUGGUUAGGUGACUUCAACGUUCGCUAAUACAAGAAUGUUGGAAAGUUUUGGAAUCAUAAUCAUAUAUGAGUAAAGAGAUUCAGAGUUUGGAUAUGUGUUUAAGCCUAGUUUUAGCUUGGGCACACACAGGAUAUAAAAGAAGUUAUAUUUGAAUUUUUGUUUUUGUACAAAAUAAAUUGCUUCAAUAGUG